AUGCCAAUUUCCCAAGGAACAUUCGUCCAAGUCAAAGUGAUUUAUAACACCAACACAAGAUUACCUGAAAAACGCUUUGAACAAUGGUUCUUGUUGCACUGUGACACCCUUAGAUCUUGGAAGGAAUAUGACAGCAAGAAAAAAGAGAAGAAAUACGCUAUCGCUAUAAUCGAUGUCGGGCUGAACAGGUUGCCUCCCCGUUUGCCAAACAAAGUAGCCAGACAGCUCUCAGAGGAUCCUACAAAGGACCCCUUAGCGUCGUACUAUCACCAAUUGAUGGCUUUGCCACUGGACCCUGAUGCAGAAAUCGAUAGAGCCCAAACAGUGGGCAAAGCGCUUGAGAAAAUACUUGCCAAAGAGCAGCAAGUGAGAGAAGCCAUUGCCAAACUCGGGCCAAAUGAAGAGUACCCCACAGAAUGUCAGAUGGAAGUCCUCAUUGACCACUGUGACAAACCAUACUGUCGCAAGUGCAGACAUUUGGACCAUUUUACAAAGACCUGUCACCUUAGGCCCUGUGACCUCUGUCAUCAAGGUAAACACAAAGCUGCCGAUUGUCCCCAGAAAUGUAAGUGUGGUGCUUCAGGGGAUCACUUAACAUCCACCUGUCCUCGUAGGUUCUAUCAGAAUCAAAAUGCCAACAAAUCUCCGGUGAAAUCCAACUCCAACAAAGGAAGGCAAUCUCCCCAAAGAAGGAAACAGGCUCCGAUCGUGGACGCAGAAGGUUUCCAACAGGUAGGAAGAACUCGCAAGCAAACUCCACAUGCCCAAGAGGGGGGUGCGCAAAAAGUACCUCCAACUACAAAUGGAUUCGGUGUAUUAGAGGAUUCAUCCCCUUCCAAUACUCCCAUUCCCUCUGCCCAUGCUCCAGUAGUCAACCAUGAGACACUGGCAAGCCAAGAUGCCUCCCACAAUAGAUCAAAGAAUUGA